AUGAACAAGGUCUUCCCCCAGGGACAUAAUGGCAACGCAGCUGCUGGAACCAAAGCCGUCCCCGGAGGGGCAGGGGCCCAGGCCUGCGUAACACUGGCAAACAGGACAGGCUUCUUGUGCCACGACCGGAGGAGCUGCAUCCCGGCCAGCGGGGUCUGUGAUGGCAUCCGCACUUGCGCCCACGGCGAGGAUGAAGAGGAGGGCUUGUGCCGAGACGUGCCCCGCAGCCUCCCCAGCUUCCUGGUGGCCCACUGUGGAGACCCGGCCUCCUGGAUCUACGCAGACCAAAAAUGCGACGGGAUCAACAGCUGUGGGGACUGCUCGGACGAACUGAGUCCAGUGACUGUGUGCCCGCCCUGUGGCCCUGGGUGGUGGCACUGCCCUUCCACCGUCUUCAAGUACUGCGACUGCAUCCCGAGGAGUCUCUGCAGGGACCGUGUGCAGCACUGCUCUGACUGGUCCGACGAGUACUCCUGUCCUGGCCCCUGAGCGGACCACCCAGGCCGGCAUGGAAGGCUGGUUGGAA